GAGAGAGAGAGAGAGAGGAGGGAGGAAGAGAGAGAAAGUGAUAUAUAUAUAUAGAGAGAGAGCUUCCCUGCACUUUAUUCUCUUCAAAUUCGAUACUUUGCUGUGUACUGAGAACGAGGUUGUAAGUCUUGUUGUCAUCUUCUUCUGCUUCUUCCUCUUCCUCUUCCUCUUCCUCUUCCUCUUCCUGUUGUUGUUCUUCUCAAUCCGUUUAUUCUCUCUCUACUUCACAUUCCUUCUUUCUCUCUCUUGCUCUCUUUAUUUUCCUUUUUCUUUUUGGGUUAUUUCUUUUUGGUUUUUUGGAUUCUGGAGGUGCUUUUCUUGGAGCUUAUGCAACUGUACUAAAGACUUUGAAAACCAGUUAUAGAGAGAGGUGGGUUUUUGAAGGAGGGGGACUGUAUGAAGAAGAAGUAGUGGAACAAUGAGAGAUGGGAGCGAGAAGAAAAGCAAGCUCUCAUGGUCUAAGACUCUGGUUAGGAAGUGGUUCAACAUCAAGAGCAAAGCUCAUGACUUUCAUGCAGAUGAUGUUCAUGAAAGCCCCUAUGGAGCCGAAGGUGGGGAUUGGAGAAAUAGCUGGUCAGAGAGAGAAGAAUCCUGUACAAUCAAGAAGAACAAGGCAGCAGAGAGAUUGCAGACGAAGAAUACAGAUAAGCUCAGGCGUGGAAAGACCGAGCCCGAUACCACUCAAAUAACUGAUGUACAUGACUACAAGGUUUUUGUGGCAACAUGGAAUGUUGGGGGAAAAUCUCCUCCAAACUACCUCAAUCUCGAUGACUGGCUUCACACCUCACCCCCUGCUGAUAUUUACGUUUUGGGGUUUCAAGAAAUCGUCCCUCUAAAUGCAGGGAAUGUUUUGGGAGCAGAGGACAAUGGCCCUGCCAUAAAAUGGCUCGCUUUAAUUCGAAGAACUCUCAAUAACCUACCAGGAACCAGUGGGACUGGUGGUGGAUAUCACAUGCCAUCCCCUGCUCCUGACCCAAUUGUUGAGUUGGAUUCGGAUUUUGAAGGCUCAACAAGGCAGAAGGCCACUUCUUUCUUCCAUAGAAGAUCAUUUCAAGCCUUAAGUAGAAGCUUUAGGAUGGACAAUGACACCCCAAUUUCUCAACCUAGGCUCGAUCGAAGGUUCAGUGUAUGCGAUCGUGUGAUGUUUGGAAAUAGACCGAGUGAUUAUGAGACCACCAUUAGAUCGGGCUCCUCUGAUGAUGAGAGAGAAGGGUUUGAUUCUCCUUCGACUUCUUUCUUCUCUCCAAUGUCUAAUAGUGGUCAUGGUUCAAUGGAAGAGAGAGAAAGUAGGCCAUAUGGUCAGUCAAGGUACUGUUUGGUGGCAAGUAAACAGAUGGUCGGGAUAUUUUUAACGGUGUGGGUGAAGAGUGAUUUGAGAGAUGAUGUUAGGAACCUGAAAGUUUCUUGCGUCGGGAGAGGAUUGAUGGGUUAUCUCGGAAAUAAGGGUUCAAUUUCAGUGAGCAUGUCUGUGCACCAAACAAGCUUCUGCUUCGUUUGCAGUCAUUUGACUUCAGGACAGAAAGAGGGAGAUGAGCUACGGAGAAAUGCAGAUGUUAUGGAGAUCCUAAAAAAGACCAGAUUUCCACGUGUUCAUGGUCUUAGAGAUGAAAACUCACCUGAAACAAUACUCGAGCAUGAUCGAAUUAUAUGGCUUGGCGAUCUAAACUAUCGUAUUGCUCUUUCAUAUCGUUCUGCAAAAGCAUUGGUCGAGAUGCACAAUUGGAAAGCAUUAUUGGAAAAUGAUCAGCUUAGAAUCGAACAGAGACGUGGUCGAGUAUUUGAGGGUUGGAACGAAGGGAGGAUAUACUUUCCUCCCACUUAUAAGUAUCUCAAUAACUCUGAUCGUUAUGCUGGUGAUGACAUGCGCACAAAAGAGAAGAGAAGGACACCAGCAUGGUGUGACCGAAUUCUCUGGUAUGGGAGAGGCCUAAAUCAGUCGUCUUACGUUCGUGGGGAGUCGAGAUUCUCAGAUCAUAGACCAGUUUAUAGCAUUUUCAUGGCAGAGGUUGAAUCCGUAAACCGUAGUCGAAUGAAGAGAAGCAUGACAUGUGCUAGUUCUAGGAUUCAAGUUGAAGAACUGUUACCUCAGACUCAUGGCUACACUGAGCUCAGUUUUUUCUAGGAUGGAGCAUGUGGCUUUCGGGACCCAAGAGGGUUCGACAGAACAGUUAUCAGUUGGUUAAGGAUCCAAUUUUUUUGCUUCAACCCAAAGUGUUUGAGGUUAUUAAACACAUUAAUUUUUUUCGUCCCUGCCUUCAUCCAUGGGCAGGUGAGGGUGACAGACAAUUACUGUUAGGUGGUACUUCAAUUUUUAUCCAAUGAAAUUAUUUGUGGUCCCUGAUAUAAGAGCUGAACCCUGUUGGGAAUUGGAGCUAGACAAAGAAAUCACAGAUCCAAGAUUCAGCUGAGAGAAGAUUACAAAUUUUGCAGGAGAAGCUCCCAAUCUUUUCAAAAUCCAACUGAAGACAAGUAGCAAAUGAGGCACAUUUGAUUCAUUUAGCCAUGAAGAAAAAUAAAAAGGAAAAAGUGCAAUUUUGGUGUCUAUUUGUUGAUUAUUUCAUAUUUGUAAAACAAUAGAGAAGAGAAAAAAAGGCCGUAGUUUAGGAAUUCUUUAAUGGUUGUAUAUUGUUCCCAUUAGUGAUGGGAGGAGAGAGACUCUCUCUCUAGGAAACAGAGAGAACAAGAGAGAAAAAAGUGUAAGGAUGGAAGAGAAUAUUACUGAUGACCAAUGAUAAAAGGAAAUGUAAAUAUUAGCUGCAAUUGCAGCUGUUUUGUCUGAAAAAGUGUAAUUUGUUGAUUAUCUUUUUUACACAAAA